AUGUCCGCUCCACAGAGCCAAACCCGCAGCGACUGGUCGAGGCCAGCCGACCGCUCGCAGCCGAUGACUGGCAGAGACUCAAAAAUACGAACCAGUUUCGCCUUCACGUGCUACAUCCGCAGCGAGACCCUGAACCCGAGAAGCUUCCAGAACCCCAACGCGGGCUUGUACCUGAUCCUGCCCGUGGUGCUCGUCGUGGUGCAGCUGUUCUUCGCGAGGCUGUCGACACCCAACAAGGAGCCCGAUGCGGUCACGCUCGCGUUCCCGUUCGUUAUCGGCAUAUCCACGCUGGUCAGUCCCCAGGGCCUCGGCAUCUACUGGCUCACGAAUUCGGUCCUCAGCCUUGCCCAGACGCAGCUCGCGCGCACCGAGGCGGACUCAGAGUUCCCCGAGCUGAAGGAGAUAUGGGACACGUACGCGGACAAGCCGGAGGAGGUGCGGCAGGGCGACAAGGUUUCCGCGUGA